CGCCGGCCCGCCGCUGGGCGCUCCGCGCUCCCAGCCCCGAGUUGUGCAAUCCUUUGUAGCACGCCAGAGAGUCCUCCUCCUUCGCUGUUGCCUCUCGCCCUCUCUCUCUCUCUCUCUCUUUUUUUCAAGCUGUGAGCUCAACCGAUGAGUCAGAGCAGUGCAAUCCUGACACUGCAUCGCAGGACUGGGGGGUGACACGGAGGGAGGGAGAGCGAUCGCGAGGCGGACACCACGGGCGCGGGGUGCACCGAGGCUCCUGUGCCGGGAGCGAGGGGUGACAGCCCGCGCGUCCCGCCCGGGCCCUGCCAGCAAACUUCCCGGCCUCGGGAGGCGCGAGCUGGCGGAAAUUCUGCGAGCGUCGCGGGGAGGCGGCGGCGCCUGUUUGUUUUUAAAAUCGGGAGUGUGUGCAGGCGGCUGGAGCCUGGGAGGCGACCGAAGGCGGCGGCCCGCGGCGGAAAGGGGACAGCCGAUGCCGGAGCUCGGGUAGGAGCAGGGCUCCAGGGCCCUGUGGAGCAUCAUGAACUGGGAACUGUAGAGGAGCCUGAGAGCCUCUCUGCAAAAAGGAAGGAAGCGCCAGCAGUUCUUUCUCCCCGUGCCCGACCGCAUCAUCCAGCGUUUCCUCUGCCCUCUCUGGCUGCUGGACUAGGGCCAAGCUUCCAGCAGGACCAUCCCCCAGGGGAUGGGCAACUGGUGAAGUAGGUCUCACUGCCGGGGCCCAGUUGGCCACACCAUGAACCUCCAGGCCCAGCCCAAGGCUCAGAACAAGCGGAAGCGUUGCCUCUUUGGGGACCAGGAACCAGCUCCCAAGGAGCAGCUCCAGCCCCUGCAAGCACCACAGCAGCCCCCAGCCCCUCCACCGUCCAGAGUGAAGGAGGAGCCUUACUUUGCACACGAGGGUGCGGCAGGGGCUGUCCCCGCCUCCCAGCCUGUGGAACUGCCCCCUUCCAACAGCCUGGCCCUGCUGAACUCCGUGGUGUAUGGGUCUGAGCGAACCAUGUUGUCUCAGCAGGUGGGCUCGGUCAAGUGGCCCAACUCUGUGAUGGCUCCAGGGCGGGGCCCGGAGCGUGGAGGGGUUGGGGGUGUCAGUGACAGCGGCUGGCAGCAGCAGCCGGGCCAGCCUCCGCCCCACUCGACGUGGAAUCGCCACAGCCUGCCCCUUUACAGUGGACCCAAGGGAAGCCCUCAUCCUGGCAUGGGGGUCUCCAGCUACUAUAACCACCCUGAGCCACUGAAGCGGGAGAAAGCAGGGGGGCCACAGCUGGACCGCUUUGGGAACGCUGUGCGGCCAAUGGUGCCGCAGAAGGUGCAGCUGGAGGUUGGGCGGCCCCAGGCACCCCUGAACUCUUUCCAUGUGGCCAAGAAGCCGCCGAACCAGACGCUGCCCCUGCAGCCCUUCCAGCUGGCGUUCGGCCACCAGGUGAACCGGCAGGUCUUCCGGCAGGGCCCAUCGCCGCCCAACCCCGUCGCCGCCUUCCCACCGCAGAAGCAGCAGCAGCAGCAGCAAGCGGCCCUGCCCCAGAUGCAGCUCUUUGAGAACUUCUACCCCAUGCAGCAGCCACCCUCUCAGCAGCCCCAGGACUUUGGCCUGCAGCCGGCCGGGCCGCUGAGCCAGUCCCACCUGGCUCACCACAGCCUGGCACCCUACCCCUUCCCCCCAAACCCUGACAUGAACCCAGAACUGCGCAAGGCCCUCCUGCAGGAGUCAGCCCCGCAGCCUGUGCUACCUCAGGCCCAGAUCGCCUUUCCCCGCCGUUCCCGCCGCCUCUCUAAGGAGGGCGUCCUGCCUUCCACCACCCUGGAUGGGGCUGGCACCCAACCUGGGCAGGAUCCCGCCAGCAACCUGUUCCUGCACCACUGGCCCCUGCAGCAGCCGCCACCCGGCACCCUGGGGCAGCCCCAUCCUGAAGCUCUGGGAUACCCGCUGGAGCUGAGGGAGUCGCAGUUGCUGUCGGACGGGGAGAGACUGGCACCCAAUGGCCGGGAGCGGGAGGCUCCCGCCAUGGGCAGCGAGGAGGGCACGCGGGCUGUGGGCACAGGGGACUGUGGGCAGGUGCUACGGGGUGGGGUGAUCCAGAGCACUCGACGGAGGCGCCGGGCGUCCCAGGAGGCCAAUUUGCUGACCCUGGCCCAGAAGGCAGUGGAGUUGGCCUCACUGCAGAACACAAAGGAUGCCAGUGGCUCUGAGGAGAAGCGGAAAAGUGUAUUGGCUUCAACUACCAAGUGUGGGGUGGAGUUUUCUGAGCCUUCCUUAGCUGCCAAGCGAGCGCGAGAGGACAGCGGGAUGGUACCCCUCAUAAUCCCAGUGUCUGUGCCUGUGCGGGCUGUGGACCCAACUGAGGCAGCCCAAGCUGGAGGUGUUGACGAGGAUGGAAAGGGUCCUGAGCAGAACCCCACUGAACACAAGCCGUCGGUCAUCGUCACCCGCAGGCGGUCCAACCGUAUCCCCGGGACUGAUGCCCCAGCUCAGGCUGAGGACAUGAACGUCAAGUUGGAGGGGGAGCCUUCAGUGCGGAAACCAAAGCAGCGGCCGAGGCCUGAGCCUCUGAUCAUCCCCACCAAGGCGGGCACGUUCAUUGCCCCUCCUGUCUACUCCAACAUCACCCCGUACCAGAGCCACCUGCGCUCCCCUGUCCGCCUAGCUGACCACCCCUCCGAGCGGAGCUUUGAGCUGCCUCCCUAUACACCACCCCCCAUCCUCAGCCCCGUGCGGGAAGGCUCCGGACUCUAUUUCAAUGCCAUCAUGUCGACCAGCAGCAUCCCAGCCCCUCCUCCCAUCACGCCAAAGAGUGCCCAUCGCACCCUGCUCCGGUCUAAUAGCGCUGAAGUCACCCCGCCUGUCCUCUCUGUGAUGGGGGAGGCCACCCCAGUGAGCAUCGAGCCACGGAUCAAUGUGGGCUCCCGGUUCCAAGCAGAAAUCCCCUCGAUGAGGGACCGCUCCCUGGCAGCAGCAGACUCCCACAAGGCCGACUUGGUGUGGCAGCCAUGGGAGGACCUAGAGAGCAGCCAGGAGAAGCAGAGGCAAGUGGAAGACCUGCUGACGGCCGCCUGCUCCAGCAUUUUCCCUGGAGCUGGCACCAACCAGGAGCUAGCCCUGCACUAUCUGCACGAGUCCAGGGGAGACAUCCUGGAAACGCUGAACAAGCUGCUACUGAAGAAGCCCCUGCGGCUCCACAACCACCCAUUGGCAACUUAUCACUACACAGGCUCCGACCAGUGGAAGAUGGCUGAGAGGAAGCUGUUCAACAAGGGCAUUGCCAUCUACAAGAAGGAUUUCUUCUUGGUGCAGAAACUGAUCCAAACCAAGACCGUGGCCCAGUGUGUGGAGUUCUACUACACCUACAAGAAGCAGGUGAAGAUUGGCCGCAAUGGGACGCUAACCUUCGGGGAUGUGGAUACUAGUGAUGAAAAGUCGGCCCAGGAAGAGGUUGAAGUGGAUAUUAAGACUUCUCAGAAGUUCCCCAGGGUGCCUCCUCCCAGAAGAGAGUCCCCAAGUGAAGAGAGGCUAGAGCCUAAGAAGGAAGUAAAGGAGACCAGAAAGGAGGAGGAGGAAGAGAUGCCAGAGACCCAGGAGAAGGGGGAGCAGGAAGAGGGGCGAGAGCGAAGCCGGCGGGCAGCAGCUGUCAAAGCCACGCAGACACUACAGGCCAAUGAGUCGGCCAAUGACAUCCUCAUCCUCCGAAGCCACGAAUCCAAUGCCCCUGGAUCUGCGGGUGGCCAGGCCUCAGAGAAGCCAAGGGAGGGACCAGGGAAGUCACGUAGGGCACUUCCUUUUUCGGAGAAGAAGAAAAAACCAGAGCCAUUUAAUAAGAGCCAGAAUCAGGAGAACACUUUUCCAUGUAAAAAAUGUGGCAGGGUGUUUUACAAGGUGAAGAGCCGCAGCGCUCACAUGAAGAGCCACGCCGAGCAGGAGAAGAAGGCGGCCGCUCUGAGGCAGAAGGAGAAAGAGGCCGCGGCCGCUGCGGCCACUGCAGCCGCCUCCCCCCACCAGCCGGCCCUGAGGGAGGAGAGCAGCGCGGGCGAGAGGGGCUGACGCCCGGGGCUCCGGGCCCUGCUCCAGCCUGAGACGCUCUGCCAGCACUGGAACCUCCAGAGGGAGAGAUCACGUGGACUUGUCUUUGCAAAACGGAUACAAUUAAAUAAACGGCUCUUUUACUUA